UCCACCCCACCACCACCACCACCAUAGAAGCUCAGAGCAGGCAGCCCCUGAAAGAAGGCGAAAAUUGCAGACGGGUCCAGGGAUCGAUCCCCAACACCGGCCGCCGCGAUGGGCAUCUCCAGCAUGCCGGCGCCCAAGGAGAGCCUCCUGAUCUACCUGCUCUACCACGCGGUCGUCUCGAUCGCCGCCCUGGCGGGGCUCCUCCGCGCCGCGCUCGCCUUCCUCGGCCUGCCCACGCCGCCGUCGCUGCUGGCCGGGGAGGACGCGGAUGGCGGCGACCAGCUCACGGCGGCCACCCCGGCCGGCCCCAGCCUGGCCGAGAGGUUCAGGAGCAGGUUCCGCCCGGCGCGCUUCGGCCGGAGGCGGGGCGCGGCGGCGGCGCCUGACUGCCGCGUGUGCCUGGUGCGGUUCGAGGCGGACGCCGUGGUAAACCGCCUCCCCUGCGGCCACAUGUUCCACCGCGCCUGCCUCGAGACCUGGCUCGACUACGACCACGCCACCUGCCCGCUCUGCCGCUCCCGCCUCCUCCCGGCUGUGGCCGCGGCCGCCGACGAGUCGUCGCGGUCGCCGCCGGCCCCCAGCCUGACGGCGUGGAUGUAGAGACGAGUCAAGACGAGACAAGAGAAGAGAGAUUCGCCCCGUCGCCCCCGGCUACGUGCUAGCUCCGUGUGUGGCCUCUCCGUGUGCGCGUAGGAAUUUAGGUCGAUCCUAGCAAAGCAGAGAGGGUGCUCGUUCCCCUUCGCAUCCCUCCCUCCUUUUUUUUUUUGAUUUCGUUUUCUGUAGGCCUCGUGCCGUCGCUGUGCCGUGUACAUAUUUUUCAGCAGAGAGCGCUCCUACGGGUGUAGCGCUUUGUGUGAUGAGAGAUUUGCGUGCAGCCCUUGGCCUUUUUUUUUUACGAGAAACGGAAAAUUGAUGCGAA